AUGAAGAUUCAAGACACGUUCAAGUUUGUUAAGUACCACCGCGAUACUGGUAGCAAGUGCGUGUCGAGUGCCGUCGGAAGCGCGCGAAGCGGCAGCCGCACAAGCCAAGGACGGGAGACGAAUGACGCUGGUGACUAUCGUCUGCACAUGCUACUCUCGCCAGCGACCCAGAGGUCGUCCAUCCGCUUUCUCGUUCGGACGCGUCCUCGAAAAUAUGGAUCACCUAGUCUAAGGCCUUUAAAUCAAUCUCGAACGCUCUUUGGUUGGUUCAAGAAACCUAAGGCUACCGAGAAGAAAGAUGCGGUCCCGCUUCUGACGGAAGACAACCUGGUCCACUCUUUUUCUCAGUCACCAUUCCCUGCAAUUCGUGCGCGUGGAGAAGCCAUCCAGAAGCUUGCUCCGUGUCCUCCCCGUGCCGUUAAAUUCGAAUGCCCGGAUUGUGGUUGGCCAACACAUUGUUCUGAAGAACAUUGGCGACAAGAUGAGGAGCAUAAGAAAUAUUGCGGGAGAUUGCGAGAAGUCAAUGAAGAUGAGCAUGAUCUAAGAAGCGGAAGAAGACUCCGGGAAUUCGAGUUGCCAGGUCCUCAAGAUUCUGAGGCAGCGAUAUCAUUUUCAAAUUGGGACGUGUUCUGGUACACUCGUGGGUUCCCAUCCAUGGACAAUGAACGAUCUCGAAGGCAUGCCAGCAAACUCUUAACAUAUCCCAUAACUAUCGGUUCGGUCCUUCAUCAGUUCAGCGGUCUCACUCUUCGGAAUCAACGUGUAACAUCAGAGGGUAGUCGGUCAUUAGCAGCCUUGCGUACAACACUCCAUGUUGCCCCAGGAGCGCCUGAAGUGGAAGCUGCAUCUGCAGACAAGCCCCAGAUGCGCCUAUUCGUUCUUGGAGCGCGAGCGGAGUCGUCGCUCCCGCCGCAUGUCUGGGAGCAGUUGUGUCUGCUGUUUCCCGCCGCUCUCUUCCACUUGUACUUCAUUGGGCCUCAGGUCUCGCUACCGAAGCCAGCUAGCGAGCUCAAAAAGCCGACAGCAAAACCCCAAGCUGCUACAACUGAAAUUAAGACUCAACCAUCGCCCUCUUCGGAGAGUCCCACGAGCGAGGAGCAAAAGAACGACGAAGAGAAGCCCGUUUAUGUUCCCAAUAUUUACGAGCCACCCACUCCUGCUCCGAUUGCUCGUCUGAAACGCACACGCGAAUCCAUACAACAAUAUGGCGUGCCUUCGUACACAGUUCCGUACACACCACAACUUACAAUCACGGGCAUGCAAGCCAACUACACUGAUGUCCACGCACAUUUCCAGGAAACCUUUGAUCCCUACACGGACUGCUUUUUCCUAUUUUCACCGGGUUUUGGGUUUCCUUCACCGAACUCCACUUCUGAGUUGACUGGGGAACCUCUAUUGCAGAUCGCAUCACCAUCAGAGUGGGGAUCAGUCAUUCCGUUAUUGCUGGCCAGUAAAUGCCCCAUCUUUGUUACUGGUUUCUCCCCGGCGGACGUGGAGCGGGAUGUUAAAUCCCUGUCCACGGCACCGGACGUCGCAGGGGAGUUUGAUUGGGUGGUGACCCCAGGACCCAAUGCAUUCGGCAGCGAGAAAUGGGAGGUAGCGGAUUUCGACCCGCGGGUCAUGGUAAAGACUAACUGGGGGGUCUGGGGCAUUAGAGGAAAGAGGCGAGACGUUAGGGAGAAAAGUAGCUGGUUUUAA